GAGACACAACCCGCUCGCCCCGAAACUUGUUGUUUCCUUUUCGCGGGGCGCGCAGUUUGUUUAACUUUGCGGGGACAUCUUUGCGACUUAUAAACCGAGGGGAUUCUUUUAUUUUUUCUUCUUCUUCUUGGCGGCAACGAAGCGCCGCGUGCUGCGGAUCCGACCAGCGGCGAGCAGCGCGCAGCCCCGCGGGGAGACGCGAGCACACGAGGAGUGACCGUGUCCUUGGGAGCGGACCAUGGCCCUGAGCGACGCCCACGGCGACCCUCUGGCCCUCGGCAACGGAGGGCGCCAUCCUCUCGCCGCCAAUGGACACACCCCCUCGAGUGCCGGCGGCCAGCAGGAGCCCCUCGCCGCCGCAGAUGACGGGGACGAGGCGUCCAAAGUUCAGCAGAGGUCGCACGUCAUCCAGAGGGCGAACCGGCCGAGCCAAAACGGCAACGCGGUCAAACAGAACGGCUCGCUGAGGAACCUCCCCGUGUCCUCUUCCUCCUCCUCCUCCUCUUCCUCCUCCCCCCCGGCUCUCACAGACUCCCGACGACCGGCCAGGCGCCACCUUUCCUCCAGCCCCUCCCCUUCCCUCCAGCCGCUGCCCCUCGGCUGCCAGCACUGUCACCUCCAGUCCGCCGCGCCGUGCUGCCCCUGCGGACAGCCGGAGUGCCCGCUCUUUCAGAAUGCGCCGGCGGGGGCGGGGCCCUCCGGCUCCGCCCCCUACCCGGGGGCCGCGCCGUCCUGCCCGUGCUGCCUCAACGCCUGCGCGUACUCUCACCCCCCCCAUGCUCCUCACCCGUCCUCACCGCUCUGCCUCCAACAUCACCAGCGCUGGCAGGAGCACCUCCAGAACCAGGCGGCUGGAAUCAGAGCUGCGAGGCCCUUUCGGUUCCCCAAAAGCUAUGCCGAGCUGAUAGCUGAUUGGCCCGUGGUGGUGCUGGGCGUGUGCACAGUGCUCAUCGUGGUGUGUGCCCUGGUGAGCGUCCUGGUGCCCGACCUGCCCGACUUCUCUGACCCACUGCUGGGUUUUGAGCCACGGGGAACAGUCAUCGGGCAGCGGCUGGUCACGUGGAACAACAUGGUGAAGAACACGGGCUACAAAGCCACGCUGGCCAACUACCCCUUCAAAUACGCCGACGAGCAGGCCAAGAUCCACCAAGAGCCCCGGUGGCCCGACGACCACUUUGACCGAGACAAACGGCAAGCGGAGUGGGACUUCAGCAAAGAGUUCUUCUGCGAUGUGCCAGGCGACCGCUACGCUCGACUGGUGUUCACGUCGGCCGAGGGGAAGAACCUGUGGAACAUCCGGGGCAUCAAGUCGAUGUGCCACCUGGACAACACCAGGGUGCGCUCCCACCCCGACUACUGGAGCCUCUGCCAGCGCACCACCGACGCCUCCUGCUGCCCCAGCUGGACGCUCGGCAACUACAUCGCCUUCCUCACCAACCGCUCGUCCUGCCAGAAGAUCACGGAGCGCGACGUGUCGCACACGCUCAAGAUCCUGCGCUCGUGCGCCAAGUACUACCACAACGGCACGCUGGCGUCCGACUGCUGGGACGGCGCGCUGCGCCGCAAGGACCAGCACAAGUGCGCCGGCGUUCCCCGGAAGUGCGCCAAGCACAACGCUGUCUACCAGAUCCUCCACUUCCUGGUGGACAAGGACUUCCUCAGCCCCAAGAGUCUGGAGGACCCGCCGCCCGUGCUCAAGCACAGCAUGCUGUUCUCGCCCACGGAGAAGGGCGACACCAUGAUGAACAUCUACCUGGACAACUUCGAGAACUGGAACUCCUCGGACGGCAUCACCACGGUGACGGGCAUCGAGUUCGGCAUCAAGCACGACCUCUUCCAGGACUACCUGCUCACGGACACGGUGUACCCCGCCAUCGCCAUCGUCAUCGUCCUGCUGGUCAUGUGCGUGUACACGCGCUCCAUCUUCAUCACCCUGAUGACGAUCAUCGCCAUCAUCAGCUCGCUGAUCGUGUCGUACUUCCUGUACCGCCUGGUCUUCAACUUCGAGUUCUUCCCCUUCAUGAACCUCACGGCGCUCAUCAUCCUGGUGGGCAUCGGCGCCGACGACGCCUUCGUGCUCUGCGACGUGUGGAACUACACCAAAUUCGACAAGCCGCACGCCGAGCUGUCGGAGACGGUCGCCGUGACGCUGCACCACGCCGCGCUCUCCAUGUUCGUCACCAGCUUCACCACGGCCGCCGCCUUCUACGCCAACUACGUCAGCAACAUCACCGCCAUCCGCUGCUUCGGCGUGUACGCCGGCACCGCCAUCCUGGUGAACUACAUCCUCAUGGUGACGUGGCUGCCGGCCGUGGUGGUGCUGCACGAGCGCUACCUGCCCAGCGUGUUCCCCUGCGCCAAGCCGGCGCAGCCGCCCACGGGCUACUGCACCUGGGUGUUCUGGGCGGGGCUUUGCCAGAAGGCCAACCAGUGCCUGUUCACCGUCUCCGAGGGGUCCCGCAUCUUCUUCGAGAAGGUGCUGCCCUGCAUCGUCAUCAAGCUGCGCUACCUCUGGCUCUUCUGGUUCCUCGCCAUCACGGUGGGCGGGGCCUACGUGGUGUGCGUCAACCCCAAGAUGAAGCUGCCGUCCCUGGAGCUGGCCGAGUUCCAGGUGUUCCGCUCCUCGCACCCGUUCGAGCGCUACGACGCCGAGUACAAGAAGCUGUUCAUGUUCGAGCGGGUCCACCACGGCGAGGACCUCCACAUGCCCAUCACCAUCAUCUGGGGCGUGAUGCCCGUGGAUAACGGCGACCCCCUGAACCCCAAGAACAAGGGCAAGCUGAUACUGGACGACGACUUCAACAUCGCCAGUCCGGCCUCUCAGCUGUGGAUCCUCAACUUCUGCCAAAAGCUGAGGAACCAGAGCUUCAUCUUCCAGUCCGAGGAGCGGGACUUCACCAGCUGCUUCAUCGAGACCUUCAAGCAGUGGAUGGAGAACCAGGACUGCGAGGAGGCCUCCGUCUACCCCUGCUGCAGCCAGUCCACCUUCCCCUACAAGCAGGAAGUCUUUGAGCUGUGCAUCAAGAGAGCCCUCAUGGAGCUGGACCGGAGCACCAACUACCACCUGGACAGCAAGACCCCCGGGCCUCGCUUCGACAUCAACGACACCAUCAGGGCCAUCGUGCUGGAGUUCAAGAGCACCUACCUCUUCACGCUGGCCUACGAGAAGAUGUACCACUUCUACAUUGAGGUGGACGCCUGGAUCGCCGAGGAGCUCCGCUACGCCCCGGCGGGCCUCAAACAUGGCUGGUUCAUCAGCAACCUGGAGUUCUACGACCUGCAGGCCAGCCUGUCGGACGGCACUCUGGUCGCCAUGGCGCUGUCCGUCGCCGUGGCCUUCAGCGUCAUGCUCCUGACCACCUGGAACGUCAUCAUCAGCCUGUACGCCAUCCUGUCCAUCGCCGGCACCAUCUUCGUCACGGUGGGCUCCCUGGUGCUGCUCGGCUGGGAGCUGAACGUCCUGGAGUCCGUCACCAUCUCCGUCGCCGUGGGGCUCUCCGUGGACUUCGCCGUCCACUACGGCGUGGCGUACCGGCUGGCCCACGAGCCCGACCGCGAGGGGAAGGUGAUUUUCUCCCUCAGCCGCAUGGGCUCCGCCAUCGCCAUGGCGGCGCUGACCACCUUCGUGGCCGGCGCCAUGAUGAUGCCCUCCACCGUCCUGGCCUACACCCAGCUGGGCACGUUCAUGAUGCUGAUCAUGUGCGUCAGCUGGGCCUUCGCCACCUUCUUCUUCCAGUGCAUGUGCCGCUGCCUCGGCCCCCAGGGCACCUGCGGCCAGAUCCCCCUGCCCAAAAAGAUGCAGUGUCAGGAUUUCUCCGAGGUCACGGCCCUGAGCCCCCCCCCUCCGCCGCAAGGCAACGCCUCCGUCCUGGGGAAGUACCAGCUGGAGGGCAGGGGUGCGGAGGUGGAGCAUUACGAGUUGGAGCCCCUGGCCGCCGGUCAGAAGACGGAAGAUGUCCCCAGAGAGGAGGAGGAGCAGGAGGAGCAGGAGGCGCGUGCCCCGCUCCCCAAUGGAGUCCCUCCUCACCCCCACAGCCACUUCAAGUGCCAAACCGAGACCGGCCUCGUGAGCACGCCGUCCAGGUGUCCGUACUCUCCGCCUCCUGGCUGCUCCUGCGGGGGGGACCCCUCUCCUGCUCAGCACCCGUCCCAGCAGUGGACCCCCCCCCCCCAGGACUCUCCCUCCUGCCCCUCCAGCCCACAGCUCCUCCCGCCCUCAGGAACAACUCCGGGUGCCCAACACCCCCCCCUGUUCCCUACCAACCUGGAGUGCCGUGUGCACUAUGUCCACUGCCCCCCCGCCGGCCAUUUCCACCACUGCUCCCAGGGGAGAGUGGUGGCCCCCAGGCAAGGGCCCGCCCACAGCUGCCAUCUCAGGAAGUAUUGCGUCCACACUGCAAACCUGCAGGCCGGUUCGGCCAGAGAGCCGAGAUCCACGACCGCGUCUUUGGACCCGGGCUCGGAGCCUGCGGUCCACGAGGACGACCGAAGACGCGAAGUGGGGCCCUCGAGCGACGACCGAAGACACGGAGUGGGGCCCUCGAGCCUCGACGGCAGACAACACACCGGCACCCCGGCCCUGACACGAGCCCAGACCCGGUGCCCCUCACCGGGCUCGCCGCACACAAGCAGACACGAAAGACAGACGGGAAGGAACGGCGACCGUUGUCGCGCCGACGACCUGACCGAUCCAGCCCCACAAACGGACGCUUGUCGUCGAGCCCCUGGCCGCCAGGAGGAGCUCCGCAGUAUUCCCGUCGCACAGGAGGAAAGCGUCAAAAGGUGCAAGCGGAGCUCCAAGAGGCAGCGGGCGUCCACCGCCUCCCCAAAGAAACUCUCCUGCUUCAACAGGACGCUGAAGCUGAAGCGCGCCUCGGCCUCGGAGGUCGACGCGCCGAGAACUGAAGCCGUCGCGCCUCCGAUUGCAAGAACCGCCAAUCCCUCUUCUGAAAGCUUAUGCUGAGGAUGAAUUGAUAUUUUAAUAAACACUCGAUUCAGAUCAAUAAGAAACAAGAAGAAAUAAAAGGAGCGGCGCGUACAAUGUCGGUCUGUGCAAUCAAACGAGGUGUGUGAUGCGUUUGAGGACCAGGCGCCUCAAACGGCACGGGCCCACUGACCAUCGUCCGUCUCUUUUCACGUGCCACGUUAUGCGUUUGAUUUUACACUGUUGCUGAAGCUUUAUAAUUAUGAUCUGUCCCCCCCCCCCCCAAAGCAGCGCCAUGGAGUUUUUGCUGACUACAGUGUUAAAUGUUCUCGUACAGCAGGAAAUGGCAUAUCGUACAUAUUGUGAUAUUGUGAGUAAGCGUCAGAUAUGACAUCACAUCAGCCGUAACAAAAAGUGUGCCACAUUUUUUACAAUCUGGUUGUCGCCGGACACUUUUUACAUCUAUUUUUUAUUUUAUUUGUGGGAGCCGAGUGUAAAAUCCUCAGAUUAAAGAUGUACUGUAUGAUUAAAAUGUCUUUAUUUUA